AUGACCAUUUUACCACUAUAUUUGCAUGAAGGGUUGAUUAAAAUUGUGGAGGAAAGUGUAAAGAUUGAUCAAAAUUUGUCCCCAAAUAAGCCGGUUUAUUUUCUUGGAGAAUCUUUUGAUCAUGUGGUCUACCGAUGUGACAGUGGUUUUGGUGUCUUGGGACUUCUCGUGGAUAACAUUCAACAUUUCAGCUUGUUACCCGGCUACCUAUUUUGGCUGGUGCUGGUGGGGCUUUUGGCUGCUUCACCUUAUAUCACAAUGGAUGGUGCUUAUCAUUUUAUGCCAUCUGGCCAGAGCUCUUCAUUGCCUCCUAGAAGCUAUCAUGUCAACCUUCAACAGUUGUUUUGGACAGGCACCUUCUUGCAAAAGAUAUUGUGUACAUGUUCUUCUGCUGCUAUUGUGGAUUCUGGAACAUCCAUGCUUACUGGUCCAACUGUAUGUAUCUCACGUGAAGCUUCUGCUAGAAUUAUUAAUCUUAGAGAUUUCAAGUUUUUCAUAUUUCUUGUAUCUAAUUAG